AUGUCAGCUGACCAAGUGUCUGCCACGCUCUAUACAACAGGAACAACACCAGUGACCCCGAUGUCAGCUGACCAAGCGUAUGUCAUGCUCUAUACAACAGGAACAACACCAGUGACCCCGAUGUCAGCUGACCAAGUGUCUGUCACGCUCUAUACAACAGGAACAACACCAGUGACCCCGAUGUCAGCUGACCAAGUGUCUGUCACGCUUUUUACAACAGUAACAACACCAGUGACCCCGAUGUCAGCUGACCAAGUGUCUGUCACGCUCUAUAAAACAGGAACAACACGAGAGACCCAGAUGUCAGCUGACCAAGUGUCUGCCACGCUCUAUACAACAGGAACAACACCAGAGACCCCGAUGUCAGCUGACCAUGUGUCUGUCACGCUCUAUAAAACAGGAACAACAUCAGAGACCCCGAUGUCAGCUGACCAAGUGUCUGUCACGCUUUUUACAGCAGGAACAACGCCAGAGACCCCGAUGUCAGCUGACCAAGUGUCUGUCACGCUCUAUACAACAGGAACAACAUCAGAGACCCCCAUGUCAGCUGACCGAGUGUCUAUCACGCUCUAUACAACAGGAACAACAACAGAGACCCGGAUGUCAGCUGACCAAGUGUCUGCCACGCUCUAUACAACAGGAACAACACCAGAGACCCCGAUGUCAGCUGCCCAAGCGUCUGUCACACUCUAUAAAACAGGAACAACACCAGAGACCCCCAUGUCAGCUGACUGA